UCUAAUAUUCUUAAUAGUGAAUUCCACAUAUGGCUGAAGCUUUCAUUCAAGUUGUGCUAGACAAUCUCACUUCUUUCCUCAAAGGAGAACUUGUAUUGCUUUUCGGUUUUCAAGAUGAGUUCCAAAGGCUUUCAAGCAUCUUCUCUACAAUCCAAGCCGUCCUUGAAGAUGCUCAGGAGAAGCAACUCAACGACAAGCCACGAGAAAAUUGGUUGCAAAAACUAAAUGCUGCUACAUAUGAAGUUGAUGACAUCUUGGAUGAAUAUAAAACUAAGGCCACACGAUUCUUGCAGUCUAAAUAUGGCCGUUAUCAUCCAAAGGCAAUCCCUUUCCGUCACAAGGUUGGGAAAAGGAUGGACCAAGUGAUGAAAAAACUGAAUGCAAUUGCUGAGGAAAGAAAAAAUUUUCAUUUGCAAGAAAAGGUUAUAGAGAGACAAGCUGCUACACGGGAAACAGGUUCUGUGUUAACUGAACCACAAGUUUAUGGAAGGGACAAAGAAAAUGAUGAGAUAGUGAAAAUCCUAAUAAACAAUGUUAGUGAUGCCCAAAAACUCUCAGUCCUCCCAAUACGUGGUAUGGGGGGACUAGGAAAGACGACUCUUGCCCAAAUGGUCUUCAAUGAUCAGAGAGUAACUGAGCAUUUCUAUCCCAAACUGUGGAUUUGUGUCUCCAAUGAUUUUGAUGAGAAGAGGUUGAUAAAGGCAAUAGUAGAAUCUAUUGAAGGGAAGUCACUCAGUGACAUGGACUUGGCUCCACUUCAAAAGAAGCUUCAAGAGUUGCUGAAUGGAAAAAGAUACUUGCUUGUCUUAGAUGAUGUUUGGAAUGAAGAUCAACAGAAGUGGGCUAAUUUAAGAGCAGUCUUGAAGGUUGGAGCAAGUGGUGCUUCUGUUCUAACUACUACUCGUCUUGAAAAGGUUGGAUCAAUUAUGGGAACAUUGCAACCAUAUGAAUUGUCAAAUCUGUCUCCAGAGGAUUGUUGGUUUUUGUUCAUACAACGUGCAUUUGGACACCAAGAAGAAAUAAAUCCAAACCGUGGAAAGGAGAUUGUGAAAAAAAGUGGUGGUGUGCCUCUAGCAGCCAAGACUCUUGGAGGUAUUUUGCGCUUCAAGAGAGAAGAAAGAGAAUGGGAACAUGUGAGAGACAGUCCGAUUUGGAAUUUGCCUCAAGAUGAAAGUUCUAUUCUGCCUGCCCUGAGGCUUAGUUACCAUCAUCUUCCACUUGAUUUGAGACAAUGCUUUGUGUAUUGUGCAGUAUUCCCGAAGGACACCAAAAUGGCAAAGGAAAAUCUAAUCGCUUUCUGGAUGGCACACGGUUUUAUUUUAUCGAAAGGAAAUUUGGAGCUAGAGGAUGUAGGUAAUGAAGUAUGGAAUGAAUUAUACUUGAGGUCUUUCUUCCAAGAGAUUGAAGUUAAAUCUGGUAAAACUUAUUUCAAGAUGCAUGAUCUCAUCCAUGAUUUGGCAACAUCUCUGUUUUCAGCAAACACGUCAAGCAGCAACAUUCGUGAAAUAUAUGCUAAUUAUGAUGGAUAUAUGAUGUCGAUUGGUUACGCUGAAGUGGUGUCUUCUUACUCUCCUUCACUCUUACAAAAGUUUGUCUCAUUAAGGGUGCUUAAUCUAAGAAACUCGGACCUAAAUCAAUUACCAUCUUCCAUUGGAGAUGUAGUACAUUUAAGAUACCUGGACUUGUCUGACAAUAUUAGAAUUCGUAGUCUUCCAAAGAGAUUAUGCAAGCUUCAAAAUCUGCAGACUCUUGAUCUACGUAAUUGCUACUCUCUUUCUUGUUUGCCAAAACAAACAAGUAAACUUGGUAGUCUCCGAAAUCUUUUACUUGAUGGCUGUUCAUUGACGUCAACGCCACCAAGGAUAGGAUUGUUGACAUGCCGUAAGUCUCUAAGUUGCUUUGUUAUUGGCAAGAGAAAAGGUUAUCUACUUGGUGAACUAAGAAACCUAAAUCUCUAUGGCUCAAUUUCAAUCACAAAACUUGAGAGAGUGAAGAAAGGAAGGGAUGCAAAAGAAGCUAAUAUAUCUGUUAAAGCAAAUCUGCACUCUUUAAGCCUGAGUUGGGAUUUUGAUGGAACACAUAGAUAUGAAUCAGAAGUUCUUGAAGCCCUCAAACCACACUCCAAUCUGAAAUAUUUAGAAAUCAUUGGCUUCAGAGGAAUCCAUCUCCCAGACUGGAUGAAUCAAUCAGUUUUGAAAAAUGUUGUCUCUAUUACAAUUAGAGGUUGUGAAAACUGCUCGUGCUUACCACCCUUUGGUGAGCUGCCUAGUCUAGAAAGUCUAGAGUUACACACGGGGUCUGCGGAGGUGGAGUAUGUUGAAGAGAAUGCUCAUCCUGGAAGGUUUCCAUCCUUGAGGAAACUUGUUAUAUGCGACUUUGGUAAUCUGAAAGGAUUGCUGAAAAAGGAAGGAGAAGAGCAAUUUCCUGUGCUUGAAGAGAUGACAAUUCACGGGUGCCCUAUGUUUGUUAUUCCGACCCUUUCUUCUGUCAAGACAUUGAAAGUUGAUGUGACAGAUGCAACAGUUUUGAGGUCCAUAUCUAAUCUUAGGGCUCUUACUUCGCUCGACAUUAGCAGUAACUAUGAAGCUACUUCACUCCCAGAAGAGAUGUUCAAAAACCUUGCAAAUCUCAAAGACUUGACUAUCUCUGACUUCAAGAAUCUCAAAGAGCUGCCUACCUGCCUGGCUAGUCUCAAUGCUUUGAAUAGUCUGCAAAUUGAAUAUUGUGACGCACUAGAGAGUCUCCCAGAGGAAGGGGUGAAAAGUUUAACUUCACUCACCGAGUUGUCUGUCAGUAACUGUAUGACGCUAAAAUGUUUACCGGAGGGAUUGCAGCACCUAACAGCCCUAACAACUUUAAUAAUUACUCAAUGUCCAAUAGUGUUCAAGCGGUGUGAGAGGGGAAUAGGAGAAGACUGGCACAAAAUUGCUCACAUUCCACAUUUGACUAUAUAUGUGUGA